AUGCAUGACUAUAUCAUAGUUGGGGGCGGUCUUUCGGGUUGCGUUCUCGCCAGCCGCAUCCGAGAGUACGAUGAGCACUCCACGAUUCUUCUCAUAGAGGCUGGAAAAGAUACUCGUGGGCGCCCUGACGUUCAAAACAUGCAGGUCUUGAAUUUGGGUGGUGAAUUAGACUGGCAGUACGAGUCAGAGCCUGUUGCUGGUCUUGCUGGUCGACGAGUUACCCUUAACGCUGGGAAGGGCUUGGGUGGCGGUUCAGCAAUCAAUUCAGGUGGAUGGACUCGCGGUGCUUCAGUUGACUACGACGAAUGGGCGUCUCUUGUUGACGAUGAUCGAUACAGUUACAAUGGUCAACUGCCCUGGUUCAAGAAAUCCGAGCGAUGGUUCGACGAUAAUGACCCUGCCCAGCAUGGCCAGGACGGACCAAUGCGCAUCACCUGUGCAAAGGCUUCAAACCGCAGGUUCCCUCUUGCUGAGCAGGCUGCUGCUGGCUGGGAAGAUCUCGGCAUUUCUACGCUUCCCAAUGGCGAUCAGAACGCUGGGGAUAACAUCGGUCGUGCCUAUAUCUGCGAGGCCAGAAGUGAUGGCAAACGUGAAUGGUCCGCGGAGCAAUACUCUCUGGAGGGUGUCGAUGUCCGUCUUGAAACAUCCGUUCAAAGAAUUAUCGUGCAAAAGUCUGAUGGAAAGCUCAAGGCGACGGGUGUCAAGUUGGCAGAUGGUAGCGUCAUUUCUGGUAAGAACGUGAUACUGUCUGCCGGCGCACUCCGUUCACCUCAGCUCCUCCAACUCUCGGGCAUAGGCUCAAGCUCCCACCUUCAAGAGGUUGGAAUCGAGCCAUUGGUCGACCUGCCAGAAGUUGGUGAAAACCUAUCUGACCAUAUGAUCUUCUUUCAACACUGGCGGCUACGCGAUCCCUCUGCGGGAUACACGUUGGGGUCAGACAAUCCUCUCUUUCAACAACCACAAUAUGCCCAAGGAGUGCCGGUCGAUUGGAUUGUCAACACCAGUGUUGCAAGUGAUGGACUCGCCAAAGCUAUUGCGAUCGAUGAGGGUGUUCAGCCUGAAGCGUCCAAGCAUUCUCUUCUCGCCAAGAAAAGAACGUUCCUGGAGAACAUUUUGAUGUAUGCAAAGGUUCCUUUUCCUGGGGUUCCUAUCGAUGCAGAACACAUCACGACCGCGGUGGUGACCUUCUUGCCAACUUCCAGAGGCUCUGUGACAUUGAGGUCGGGAAAUCCUGACGAUCAUCCGAAAGUCGACCCCAACUACUUGGCCACCGAGGUGGACAGGCACGUCUUUCGUGAAGGACUACGCCAGCUAACAAAGUUCAUGCUCGGGUCUAGAUUCAGCGUGAACAUCGCUGGCGAAUCGGUACCUGAAGGUCUUCCUGCUGAGCCUCUUGGUCUUGAUGACGAUAACGAUAAGCUGGACCAAAGACUAGCAAUGGCCAGUGGGACAUCAUGGCAUCCAACCGGGACUUGCUCUAUGGGAAAGGUGGUGGACACGGAGUUUCGUGUUAAAGGGAUUGAAGGCCUUCGAGUUGUUGACGCGUCGGUCAUUCCUGUACCGAUCAGUGCACAUAUCCAAGCGCCUCUUUACGCGCUUUCGGAGCAGGCAGCGGCCAUCAUCACGGGCAACGCUUAG